ACACACACUCUUGAUCUGUCAUGGCCUCAGCCCCACCAUCCAUAGAUGUGGACCAGGAAGCCUUGUGCCCCAUCUGCCAAGACUACCUGACAGAACCAGUGACACUGGACUGCGGCCACAACUACUGUCAGGGCUGCGUCACCAAGUAUUGUGACACAUGGGAACCAAUGCAGGUGGGGGACUUGGAGUGUCCCGUCUGCAGAGUUCGGAUCCAGAAAGGGAAUUUCCGUCGCAAUUUCCAGCUGGCAAACAUAGUGGGAACAAUUAAACUCCUGUCACUAAAUAAAAGGUUGGAGGAUCUUUGUAAGACACACAAGGAAAAACUCCACCUCUUCUGCAAAGAAGAUGGAGAAUUGGUGUGUUGGUAUUGUAAGCAAUCCCCAGAACAUAAAUCACACACUGUGGUUCUCAAGGAAGAGGCUGCCCAGGAAUACAAGACACUCAUUUGUGGUCACCUGGAGCAUCUGAGGAAAGAGAGAGAGGACAUUCAGGCUUAUAAAUCAACCAUAGGAAAGGAAAGUGUCAACCUGCUUAAAUUAACAGAAACUGAGAGGCAGAAAACAGUGGAGAAGUUCAGACAACUGCACCAGUUUCUGAAAGAACGAGAAAAGUUUAUGCUGAAUGAGAUAGAAGAGAUGGAGAAGGAGAUCACAAGGAGAAGGGAUGAGCACCUGGCCAUACUCUUCAGGAAACUCUCCUCUCUUGAAAGGAGCAUCCAGGAGAUGGAGGAGAAGAGUCAGCAGCCAGCAAGUGAACUCUUGCAGGAUGUGAGAAGCACCUUGCAGAGGUGUCAACAAACGGAGAAGUUUAGGAAUCCAGUUGCUUUCCCACCAAAGUUGAAGAGGAGGAUUUCAAAAUUCCCCUAUGAAAAUCCCAUUCUAUAUGUUGAGAUGAAGGAAAUCAAAGAUGUUCUGUCAUUUGGCCAGCCUCAGAAAGCAAAUGUCACUCUGGAUCCAGACACGGCCCAUCCCUGCCUCAUCCUGUCGGAGGAUCGGAAAAGCGUGAGAUGGGGACACAAACCUCAAGUCCUCAACAAUCCUGAGAGAUUCAACAACUGGCCUUGUGUGUUGGGACGUGAGGGAUUCACAACUGGCAGGCAUUUCUGGGAGGUUGAUGUGGAAAGUGAGGAAGGGUGGGCUGUGGGGGUUGCCAGGAAGUCUGUGGAAAGAAAGGGCUUCUUCUUACGCCCUGAGGAAGGAAUCUGGGCUGUGGGGAUGGUGGAUGGUGAGUACUGGGCCUACACCUCCCCUGAUUCCUCUCCUCUGUCCCUGAGGGAGAAGCCCAAGAUGAUCCGGGUGACUCUGGACUAUGAAAGGGGACAUCUGUUUUUUAAUGAUGCUGACUCAGGAACCGAACUCUACACGUUCUCAGGAGCCUCAUUCUCCGGAGAGACCCUCGUCCCUUUCUUUCGUCUGUGGGGAAAUAACCCCCACCUCAGGAUCUUCUGAGGAAAUCUCUCUCACAAGCCCAGUUGGAGUUUCUCUUUGCACCAGAAUGACUGAGAUGUAAACAUUUGCCAAUCCCUUCCUACUUUUGCAACUAAAUCUCAUUGCCUUGUGGACCCCAGGCAGGAAGGAAAUGCAAAGAAUAUUUCCGAGGCACCAACUUAACCCCUCCUGUGCAAAUUUAAACUCAUCGUCUCUACACUUACUCAGACAUAAGUAUCUCUGAAUUCAGUGAUGCCUCUGGCUCAUUGUUUUUGGGAUUGCUUCAUAAAUCUUUUGUAUUAACAGUUGGAUUCUCUGUAUCUGGGGUAGUCAAUAUGGUAUUUCCUGGAUGAUUUUGGACUACAACUCCCAUCAUCCCCAUCCAGCAUGGUCAGGAGUCAGAGAUGAUGGGAGUUGUAGUCCAGCAACUUGGCUAUCUGUGCCCUAUAUAAAUCACAUGGAGACUUCUUCACUUCUUUUUCUUCACUUCACUUUUAAUUUGUUUACCGCCUUUCUAUUUUACUAUACUCAAGGAGGUUUACAAGCUGAAGAGACAACAAAGAAUAUAUACCUUAUAACAAUCCAAUCUGAUACAAAAAUGUGAUAAUAAAACAUAACUUUAAAAUAAGUAACUUAUGUCUAAUAAAAUAACAUUCAACAAUCCAUUAAAAUAGUAUAGAAUAUUAAAUAUCAGCGUAUAAAUAUUGAACAAAUCCACUUCAAAUUUGUGAGGUAUAUCCAGUCAAAAAAAGAAAGAAAUACUGUAGUAUUAAAGAAAAGCUCCCAAACCUCCAUUGCAGGCUGUUGAAGAGCCCCACAACUCUUUGCGGGUGUGUACUGUGACAUGUCAUUAAUGCAACAAUAGUGCCUUAGUCAUGGAUUGAUGCUAGAAUAUCCACCCAUUCACUGUUCUUCAGUAGCUAUUCUGCAAUACUUCCAGAUUGUUACCCCAUUUUUGCCUUUUGGAAGGGCGCUCUUGGGCUGCAAUGAAAGAGAAAACCCCAACAGAACAUUUCUGGCAUGAAAAUUUAUCUGAUUUCAAAACACUCCCUAUGGGGUAGGAUAUCUGUUAUUAAAAUGAAAGUGCUACCUGUUGGUAUUAAAGGGUUAAGUUACACUAGUCGCUCUAAACACUGAGCAGCUGAACCUAAUUAAGCAUCCGGGAAUGUAAGACAGCCUGUAUAAAUAGUCAGUUCCUUGAUGUGUUCUUUCUCUUAGGAGCGUUUUUAUCUCAGUAGUGUUAUCUCUUAGUUUUGGUUGCUGUGUGUAGGAGUGAUGCCUCAAGUUUGUGCACUGAGGCACAGUUUUGUUUAAGUUUUUACUUGGCCAGAGAUGAAGAAUGUCUGCCUUAUCUCCUGGCCACGUUUUGUAAAUAAAGCCUUUUGAGUUUGCAACCUGCUCCAGAGUUCCUGAAUUAACUCUUGCUGACUCACCUUACUCUUUGCCGUUGUGCUAAAAAGCUCUGCUGAAAGGGAAGAUUUACGUCUGGAAGCGCGACUGGACUGGUAACUUUGUUUACUUAAACACAAGCUAAUUAAAGCUUAUGGACAGGUUAUGGUCAGUGCGUGAAAAGAGAUAAGGUUUGAAGUCCAGAGUGAUUUAUGAAAGGACUGGAGCGAAGCCAAGAAGAGGCUGCCAGCAAAGGGGAAAGCAGAAAAAAGCAGCCAAAAGAAAGCAGCUUGAGUCCUGCAAUGUGCUGAAAGUUUUAAAGAGGCACUGCGCAGUUUUGAACUUGCUGGAAGACGCCUGCAGGAGCCACCUCAUUAGCUGGGAAGCAAGCAAGCAGUCUACAAGUGUGUGAGUAUUUUUUCCUAAACCCCAGGGAGGAUGGCACAGCCCCAGGAAAGUUUUAUAGUCCCCUUUGCAAGGCUGAAUGGGAAAAAUUGGCAGGACUGGAAGGCCAGGGUGAGGGUCUGGCUGCAAGCUAAAGAGUUAUGGGACUGUACACAGGCAUCUCCUGUGGAGGCUGCAGAAGACGCUUCAGCAGCAGACAGGGCUAUAGCUGCAGCUGCAAAGAGACGUGAUCGUAAAGCACAAGGUCUUUUAACGUUAGCGGUGGGCGAGGAACAAAUGCCUUAUGUAGCUGAGUUACAGUCCACGCAUGAGGUCUGGACGACCCUGGAACGGUUAAAUUCCAGAAACACUGCUGGGGCCAGGAUCCAUGCCACGAGGACUCUGUUUGAGUUACGUCUGCAGCCGGGAGCAUGUGUGAAAGAGCACAUUGCCAAGAUGGUCUCUGUCUUUAACCAAUUAAGACAACUGAACAUUCCUUUUACACAGGAGCAGCAGUCAUAUAUUUUGUUGUCCUCUCUUGAUAAAAGUUACCAGACUCUUGCUCUGACUCUGGAAUGCAUGAAAGCCAGUGACUUAACGCUGGAAUAUAUUUCAUCUAGACUUGCAGAUGAACAGGAUAAGAGACAAAGAGAAAAAGGCUUGUCUGAAAGGGGAGGCUGUGCUGUGCCCAGGAGUGGGGGUGCAGAGCCUGAGAACACAGUGAAUGCCUUUGCAGUUAGACGCUGCUACCGCUGUGGUUCUCCCUCCCACUUAAUUAGGAAUUGUCCACGUGAUGCAGGCCAGGACAACUUCAAAGCCAUUGCCCCAAGUUACCAGAUAAGGAGUUCCAGAGGACGGCGGAGACGAGGAGGAGGGCGUGGCCAAGCCCACAGCUCACAGCACAUGGCUUCAGCUAUGGCUUUAAGGGGAGCUCGUGACUGCAAGAGUGAUCAACGGUGGAUUAUUGACAGUGGUGCAUCCCAUCACCUGGUGGCGCCAUCUAGUGUUCGUUUGAAAAAUUGCAGGCAACUUCAAACUCCAAAAAUUGUCAAGAUGGCUGAUUCAUCCACACGUUCUUUAGGAUCCGUAGGCACAGUGUUCCUGAGCUGUUUGAACACAGAAAUUGAUGCCUAUGUGCUAGAGGGGAUGAAAGGGUGUAUUUUGUCUGUAUCAACACUUGACAGAGAUGGGUUUAAAACUGUGUUUGAAAGUGGGUUUUGCACUAUUUCCAAGGAUGGUGUGUCUCUUUUACAGGUGGAGUGCAAGAAUGGACUAUACAGCUUUGAGACUAAUUCUGAUGCAGUUGAACAGGUCCAAGCUGGCUGUAUAAACUCUCCCACUCAUGAUUAUUGCGUUCAUUUUUGGCACAGGCGUCUCGGACACAUUAACUUCCAAUACGUUAAGAGACAGCCUGAAUUAUCUGAAGGGUGUAAGCUAAACAAAUGUACAAAGUUUUUGGAUUGCACUGCUUGUAAAAGUUCGAAAAUUCACAGGUGCAGCUAUCCCAGGUCAGAUAGGAAAUCUGACAAAGCGUUUCAGCUUGUGCAUAUGGACCUAUGUGGUCCGAUGCCUACCGCUAGCUUCGGAGGUUCGAGAUUUGCGCUUUGUCUCUCAGAUGACAAGACAAAGGUCACAUGGUGUUUUCCAAUUAAGACAAAAGGGGAUGCUGCUGAAACAGUUAAAAAUUGGGUUCAAGCAGUAGAACUUGAAUUUGGUACUAGAGUCCUUGCUUUUCAGUCGGACCGCGGUACGGAAUUCACCGGGUCUGUGCUGCAAAAUUUCUUUAAGAAAAAGGGUAUUAAGCAUCGUCUGUCCACGCCUUACUCACCCCAAGAAGGGGGCGUAGCCGAACGCAAAAACAGAGUUUUGCAAGAGUUGGCAAACUCUAUGCUGUACGAUGCGCAGCUACCUCAGAGUUAUUGGGCGGAAGCUUGGACGACGGCCACUCAUGUUUUGAACCGCGUUUAUAAUUCUGUUAUAGACACCACGCCAUAUUUUGCUUUAUAUGGCAAGAAACCCAAAGUGAAUUACUUUAGGGUGUUUGGAUCUCCAGCCUAUGUUCUCAUUCCAAAAGCGUUAAGGAGAAAGGGAGGUCCAAGAGCAAAGAAACUCAUUUUCUGUGGGUACGAACCGUGCUCUAAAGCUUGGAGGUUCGUGAAUCCAGAUGGGGAUACUACAAAAGUGGUCAUCAGCAGGAGCGCUGAAUUUUGUGAGCAGUCCGGUUGGACUCGCUUGCAUGGUAACCCCGAUAUUUUGAGGGAUGAUUUAGGAAUUCACACUGGAGAGGAAAAUCCAGAGGGUGGUGAACCAGAACAGGAUGAUGGUGCACAGGGUUCAGAUGUAGACUCUGACCAUGCACAAGGAACAUCUCCUAAGGCAGAGAAGCCUGAGUCUAGGAGUGCUCCGACAUCACCCACAGGUAGACCUAGCAGGCAGAAAAAGCACAGCAGGUCGCCAACAACGCCAAGCCCAAGGGAAUUAUCUAAACGAAGGUCUUUAUCCCUAGAGGCGCAUCCAGAUUUAAAGUCUGAGAAAGGUUCUGACAGCCAACAGUCAGAGGGGGAACAAGAGGUGGAAUUGCGUAGGUCCAAACGCACCACAAAGGGCAAACCACCAGAGAGGUUUGAAGUGACAAGUGUAUAUGUGAAUUUAGCCCAAUGUGAGCCAGAAAGUUACACAGAGGUACAACAGCUUUCAAGUUCAGAAGCUGCAAAGUGGCAGGAAGCGAUGGAGAAAGAGAUGGCUUCUAUGAAGUCUCUCGGUGUGUUUACAUCCACUGAACUUCCUAAAGGCCAACAAGCAGUGGGAUGUCGAUGGGUAUAUCGUUUAAAGCCCACAACCACUGGUGAGCUGCAAUACAAAGCCCGACUAGUUGCCAAAGGGUUUUCGCAGCGCAAAGGCAUACACUAUUCCCAAAUCUAUGCCCCUACUGCGAGGUCAGAGACAUUAAGAAUGCUUCUAACUUCUUCAGCUAAGAAGGGAAACAAGCUAUUUCAUUUUGAUGUCAAUGUGGCUUAUUUGAAUGCAGAUUUACAGGAGGAAGUGUACAUGAUGCCACCACCAGGUUUUGAGGGAGACAACCCAAACCAGGUCUGGCGUCUACACAAAUCCAUCUACGGGCUGAAACAAUCUGCCCGCAACUGGAAUGUCUGUUUGUCUGAUGCUCUAGAGAGCAUGGGGUUCAAGAAGAGCAUGGCAGACGCAUGUCUGUACUUAAAAAGUGCUGGUUGUAAGCAAGAAGCGGUUCUGAUAUUUGUUGAUGAUCUAUUGUACUGUGGGAAGGAUAAUAAAUGUGCACAAAAGUUUGCCACAACACUUGGGAAAAGGUUUAAGCUAAAAUCUCUAGGCACUGUAUCCGUGUAUCUAGGAGUUAAAAUACAGCAAGAUGAAAAAGGAAGUUAUUGGCUCAGCCAAGAGGCUAAAAUCCAACAAUUACUAGAAAGAUUUAAAAUGGAUAAAUGUGCUGGUGUAAAAACCCCAAUGGAACUAAGUUAUGUAAAAGAUGCUCAAGCCGAGCAACAAGCAGAGUUCAGUAACCCCGAGGUUUACCAGUCAGCAAUAGGCAGUCUACUCCACAUUGCA